GGAAGAAAUGAGGUGUGGGCUCAGGUGCGCUUAAUGGCUAUACUGAGACAGGACCAGCUCAAGACUCUUAAGAUUAAGGAAGAGAGAAGACAGAGUUCCACAUAUUUUCAACGGAGCUACAGACCACUGGGAUUCCUGGCUCAGGUCCUUUCCUCGCUCUCAUCGCCUGUUGAUUAUUUCACUCAUGUCCAAAAUGUCCCUUUUGGAGAAGAACUCAGGAGUGAAAAUGGACUCAGAAGAUGGGGAAAAGGCUGAGCCCCAGGGCUGCCCAGGAGACCCGGCUGGAAGCCCCCAAGAGCCAGGCCCGAGCUUCCCCUCUGUGGACUCUGUUCACUCAAAGUCGUUGGUGAAAUUCAAAGAGCCAGAGAAAUUCAGCAUUCGUGAUGGAGAUCAAAAAGUGUUGGUUCUGGACUGUGAGACCCUCAAAGCAAUCCCACAUAAGACAUACAUACUUCCAGAGACCUUCUUUGUUUUAGCCUCAUACCAUCACUCAGCCCCUCCUGAGAAAGGGAGCCCGAUUCUCUUGGCGGUCUCUAAAGGAGAGCGCUGCCUUUGCUGUGUCAAGACCCGAGGGAAAAUGUAUCCAACCGUCCAGCUGAAGGAGAAGAAGCUCAUAGACCUAGCCGCCGAGAAGGAGCAAGCACAGCGGCCCUUCGUCUUCUACAAGGCUGAUGUGGGCUCCCGUAGCACACUGGAGUCAGCUGCCCACCCUGGGUGGUUCCUGUGCACCUCCUGCUUUUCUGAACCCGUGAUAUUGACAAAGAAAUUAGGAAUGAAGAAACAUGUGGAGUUUCUUUUUAUAAAGCUAUAA